UGAGCCAUUAUUUUCUGGCCUGUCUACUACUCAGCACCAUGUUGUACCUUACCAUAGUCAUCCGAUGGUGUUGUACCCCACUGGACCACAUCAACUUUAUCACGGAUAACAUCACAAAGUGGUAUAUGAACAGGUGGACGUACAACGAUACUAGACAUUUGACAGUUAUCUGCAUUGAGAUUGAACCUAAAGGGACUAGCAACUACAUAACCCAGUUAGUACGUUUGAUGCAACAUCUCUGGGUUGAACCGAAUGUCAAUGUGAUGGAGUGUGGAAAUGUGGAUACGUUGUUGGGAAACAAAAAUGCGUUGGGUGUUGUUAGUAACACCUACAGUGUCACCCACACUGACAGUAGGCCAGGACUCAGUUUCUACAAACAUGUGAGUAACACAGUGGCAUUAGUGAAAGGGUACGACUGGACGAUACGGAAGGGAUCGACCGUCGCGGACAAGUUGACGAACAUGAAGCUGCACUGUCAACAUGAAACGCACUGUGUCACUGUUGUACUGACUGGGUCAUCAACCAAGAUGAUAACAGUGCAAUGUCAUGAACCCCAGAGGAUAUACGACUUGAUGAAGACAUACGGGAUCAGAUGUUCCAACGUCUGGGAUUCCAACAUAGCACUGUCGGCAAUGGCUCCUUGUACAGCGCUGAUUGACCACAAUAUGAUGCUAGUAUAUGCAGACAUGGUCCCCCACACGGAUAACAUCUGUCAGGACACCAACGUCGACACGUUCUACCACAACAUGAAAUACAUCACAAUAAAAACAAAGGGCAGAGUACUGAGACACAGACCCUACACAAUGCCUCUUCGCAAGUCGGUACAUCUACCACCACAGCCAUGCACCAGUCGUACCAACACCAUCUCAGGGGACUCUUUGUCCGAGAGUAUACCACUUGCCCUGUACUACAGUGAUCAAUGGGCACGCCUAAACACCGUUAUGGAGUCAGAUGGUCGAUUUGUUUCCAAUGUCCAGUGUGUAUCUCCACAUUAUGUGUCUAAAGAUACAUGUAUGGUGGAAUUUGCAUCAGACCAAAACGUUGUGCUUACAGCGCCUGAUGACAAUGAUGACUUGGACGACAUAUACCGAACCCCGUUUCCUGUCUCUGCUGUUUGACAAUGUCAAACCGCUACCUUACAUGUGGACACAUCAUGUGUCUGUCCUUAUAGCGCCUGAUGACAGUGAUGACUUGUGUCUACAGCGUAUAAGACGUAUCAAGAAAGAUGGCGUCCUUCAGUGCCCAAUGUGCAGAACACAGUCCACCUGUGACAGACCCCUUAUAGGACGUUGCGUUUACAUGUCAUGCAUGUUCUAGUAACAAGGACUGGGUUGGAGACUGUGGCCAUGUAACAUGCAGAUGCUGUAGCACCUGUUCUGAAUGCUCUACAUCCUUUACCAAACUCAGCAAACUGUAUACAGUAGUGUAAAUGACAUGUACCCAUAACGACCCUAUUGGCAAGGCUUGUAAAUGUGCAAUGAAAUGCAUUUAUUGUGUCAUGUACCAUUGCAAAAGACAACAUAUUCCAUAUAUAACAUACUAUGACCCUGUCAACAUAUAAUGUCAUGUUUUUCGUAUAUAUUACCCUGUGAAGAAUAAACUGUUUUAUAGUACUUGAUUAACUUUUUAAAAGAAAAACAUUUGUGUAUGACAUGGAUUACCUUGUAUAAAUAAACUACUUCUAUCAACCA